AUGGCUUUCUACGAGACCAAUCUGGCAGUACUGGCUGCGGUCAGCGCCUAUCUGCUCUAUCGACAACAUCAGUCCGAAAAGCAGAGUUUGGUGACAGACGCUGAGAGUGGGGUGAAGAGUACACUUGGUCAGGAUGCCAUCAGAAGGUUCAAAAGAGCCUUCUUUCCAGCAUACGGUCUGGUCUGCGCGGCCGAUUGGCUUCAGGGCCCUCAUAUCUACGCCCUUUACAAGUAUCACAAACAUCUCCCGGAGACAACAGUAGCUGCUCUCUACGCGAGCGGGUUUGUCGCUGGUGCCAUCAGCGCCUCCUUUGUCGGCCAGUUGGCAGACAAGCACGGUCGAAAGAACGCCUGUCUGUUAUACUGUGUGAUCUACUCGCUGUCAUGCUUUUCGAUGCUCUCCGAUGACUUACUCAUCUUGUUCGCGGGUAGAGCUUGCGGCGGCGUCAGUACGACGUUGUUGUAUAGCGUCUUUGAGACGUGGAUGAUCGCCGAGUACCAUGAUCAAGCAUUAGAUGCUUACGGGCUGAGCCUGGGAAGCAUAUUUGGCAAGAUGACAACUUUGAGCGGUGUCGUUGCAAUCGUCUCGGGUGUCCUGGGCGACCUUCUGGUCAGAUCUUUAGACUCGAAGACUAGCCCUUUCAUGGCCAGUAUUGUUUGCUUGAUACUUGCGUUUCUCUUCAUGUCAAAGAAUUGGAACGAGAACUAUGGAGACAAUGCGAACAGCAAAGACAAGGACGGCGAAUCUACUGACCUCAGUAACGUCCUGAUGGACACAAGGAUUCUUUCGGUCGGUCUUGCUUCGUGCUUCUUCGAGGGCAGCAUGUACAUGUUCGUCUUCUUCUGGUCAGCUGCUCUCUCGACUGUCCACACAGCUGUAGAUUUUGCCAGCCCUCUUCCAUUCGGAGUCGUUUUCAGCUGCUACAUGUGUGCCAUGAUGCUAGGAUCUACCAUCUUCACACUUGUGCCACCUUCAAACGACAAAGCCAACUAUAUACUCAAGAUGGUAUUGACCAGUGCGAGUGUCUGCUUUCUCUCGAGUAUCCUGCUCAAGAAUGAGGCACUAGUUUUCUGGGCUUUCUGCUUGUUCGAAGUUUGCGUAGGUGCCUACUUUCCCAGCAUGGCUUCUUUAAAAGGCAGAUUGAUUCAGGAUGGCAAUCGUGGGAGGAUAUAUGGCAUCCUAAGGUUACCUCUCAAUCUUUUUGUUAUUGCAGCACAUAGUCUUGCGGAAGAAGGCGAUCAACAUCGUAACAAUGUUUUUCUGACUUGUGGUGGUCUGCUCAUCGUCGCCUUUCUCGUCGCGCAACGAUGUCUCAAACAUGAAAUUUGAACGACUUGGCUACAUGAAACAUGUGGUGCUUGAGACGAGACUCGACGGAAUGUCCAACUUCGGUCGUGGUCUUGACGCAAGACACUCUACUUGAGUCCUGUUCUGAAACCCAUAUAAGUCGUGC